AUGGAUCAAUUAACUGAUACAGACCUACGUGACGUCACACAUAGAGCCAAUCUCGACCACACUCAACUGAGACAGUUAUUUACCAAACUUCAUAUCGAAGAAGCUCUUAUUAAAGAAGAAGAAGAGAGAAAGGGUGACACGAGCGAUCUUCAACUCCAGGCAUUCAACAUCCUGCGUUCCUGGCGGAAAACAAAAGGCCAAAACGCCACUGGAAGGACGGUUUGUGAAGCUCUUCAGAAGUGUGGAUACAGCGAGGCACUAGAACUUUUGGUCAAAAAAUGGGAUCUGAAUUUCCAAGAAAAGACACCAGACACAAGAUCUGAGCUGAACGAGAUGUUAUUGCAAGCUGGUCUUGAGGUUGAUUACUGGGUAGGUAUCUUAAAGACCAAACUUGAUAUUUCCCUUCCACAGCAAAUUCAGUACCUAGGUGAGACCGAGCUGAAAGUUCUGAAUGAUUCUGUUAGACAGGAGUGGGAGAAGAACGCUCUGGAAAGCUUCAUCGGUAUCAAAAUUGAAGCAACGUCCAGUCAGGCAGAAAAAACAGCCAAACCAGAUAUUUUUGUCAGACUCGCUGAGGCAGGUUUAGAUGCCGAAUACUGGGCAGAAGUCUUGAAGAAAAAACUUGGAAUAACCAAGAUGAAGCAAUCUGCAAAUCUGAAAAUAGACGACUUCAACAAGCUGAAGGCGGAAGUCAGGCAUGAUGGGGAAGAAAGUACACUCAGACAUCUGUUUUGUAUCCAUAACAAAGAUAGCGAAGUUUUCAUGGGCGAGCGUCAAAAACAAUACAAGGAAAAACUAGAACAAACCAAAAUUCUCCUACAAGAUCUUGUCAAACUCAGGAAGAUAUACCGUACACAGGAAGAUAUACAUCACACUGAUGAUACAAUGAACCAAUUACUGGAUCAGUUAAGAGAACUAAUGUCAGUUACUAAAGAAGAAUGGCUAGAAAAGUAUGAUAGCAAAGGUCUUGAUUGUAUAAUCAGCGAGAUAAGCUCUGACCUUGAGAAAAUUGGCAAGUUAAAUGAAGGUAGACCAAAGAAUAGCGCAGCAGAAAUUCUAGAAAAUGCUUCAGCAGGGUUAGCCUUGAAGGGUAUUCUGGUGGGUGAAGCCUUCCGUGGAGAUUUAGUUAAACGGACUGUGCUGAGCACGCCUUCUAAUGUGUCAUUGAAGAGUCCUUUGAUGAUAGAAGUCGAGGACGUUGCUACCUUCUCCACCAAAGCACAAUCUGAUCAUUUUCACUGUUCCCUUGAUAAUAUGGGGUACAGCGCUGCAGCUACUAUGAAAGGCAGUGGUUGGGGGUUCAAAGCUGAGCCCAAGUUUUCCGAAAAAUAUGAAAAGGGAGAUAAACAAGAAUUGGAAUCUCACAAACAGUCCCAUUUUGAAUCAAGGGUAAUAUACUCUGUUGUUCCCACAGCAGCGUGUCAGCUAAAUCUAUAUAGCUUGAAACUCUCUCAACGUGCUCUGCAAGAACUCAAGGCCAUUGAUAGGCUUUUGGUAGGAACUGAAAACGUAGAAUUAGUGAACAAAAAAUGUGAGGACUUCCUUACGGCAUAUGGGUCACAUAUCAACGCAGGGGUUCUUCAUUUUGGUGGGCUGAACAAAUUUGUAGCAACAUACACAAGCGAGACCGAAGCCAACAGGGCUAAAACUAAGUGCAUGGUUAGAGAUGCACUUAGUUCCUACGUUUCAGGCAGCUUUUCCAGCUUCACUGUUGGUGACUUAGUUUUUGCCAAUCAAAUGAAAACACAUGACAGCUUCAAAGAUGAUUAUGAGAAAUCAGAGCUUGCAAAAACCACUUUACAAUCUUGCAGGAAAGGGGGGCCUGGAGGUGUCAGCGCACUAGCACUUUGGAAGAUUGGUCUUGGAACAUGCACUAGUUCCUGGGCACUAAUAGAUAGAGGAAUGUCUUUAUUUACUGACUUUGUUGGAAUCUGGCAGCUUAUUCCCAACCACCAGGGUGAUUUCCAGGAACCCCUUGAACUUGAAUCGUGUUUAAGGGCUGUCUGGGAAAGGAUGAGUGGUUACCCUGUAUCUAAUGACCAAGAACGUUCUUUUAUGAAAGGACUUGAAGAAAUGGACCUAUUAAUAGAAAAAAUUGCCAAGUGGAAUUCUUCUCCAAUACUACCAGAAAAAUGUAUUGAAUAUCUUCAAGAGAUGCUGAAAAAGGUCGAUCUGGUGCGGGUAAAGACAGGCACAAACAAAUACUGGGAGCACAAGUUAUGCACUGAAACAAACAUAAUCCACUUUCUUGGAAAUGUCGUGGAACUGAAAGAUAUGUUUGCUCCAUCGGAUGUGACACUGAUACGGGUUUUUAUGAAGAAGUUGAUGAAUACUGGUAAAUUCGGAGAAUUCCCCGGCCAAAAAAAAAUCAUGGAAUGGGCUGAGGCGAUAACUGUGGAUGUUCCCACUAUACUGGCAGAAGUCAAUGUCAAGAGCAUUCCUGACCUGUUGAAGAUUCUGAAGGAAAGAUUCAUUCCAGUACUGGAAAUUGAACACCUAAAUAAUGCAAAGAAAAACGUCCAGGUAACAGAUGAUAUCAAUGCAGGAGCAACAGUUGAUUUAGCACUUUGUAUUGAUCAGCUUCAAAAGAACUUAUCGUCAUCUGGGGAAGAACAUGGAAUGUUCUUUCUAAAAGUUGCCCUGUUGACUAUUCAUUACCAUUGGCCUACGAAGAAGUUUGAAAUGCUUCUUACAGUGGAGAUGCUACAUGAUUUUGUCAAGUUCAUUGAAGUGUCUUGGGAGCAGUUUCUUGUCUACAAAGAGAAAGGAAUAGUUCAGCUUGAGGCAUUUCUUAUCCAUACCUUACUGUCUUCUGGUAGUUUUGACGAAAGGGUUGAAUCAUUAGAAGAUAAAUUCUCUGAGGCAAUUAAAGAAUUUAGGCAAGUAUUAUCAGCCAAAUUGAAUAUGGUCUUGAACAGGUAUACCACCCGUUCACCCUUUAAUUGGAUUGACUUGACCAAUAUCACCCGUGAACUAGCAAACGGGACCAUGUCUGCUUCUAAAGAAAAAGAAGUGACUAUCAUUGAUCUACAAAUCAUGGCUAACUCUAAAGACAGAGAAACCGUAGUAGAUGAAAGAUCAGUAGUGAGAACCAGUCCUGGGGUCGAAUUACAAAGUGAUUUUUCGGGUAUCCUAAAUAUCCUAGGAUUGAAUGAAUACUAUCCAUCUAAGAUAUCCCUUUUGGACGCCAUUACCAUUAGAAGGGUCACUGAGCGAAUCAAUCUGGUUGAUAUUCCCUGGAUGAUUAUGCGCAAACUCCUUAUGAUUGAUUUUCAUGCAAGAGAUCUUGUUUCGUCAGAGGUAAACAAACCAUCCAGAGAAGAGAUGAUUGAUGACGAAGGUGACUGUGACUUGGAAGCUCUUGUGAAAAUGCAAAGCACUAUUUGUGGUGAAAAUAAGCCAACGCAGCUAAGCACGUUGGAUGUGAUUGUGGCAACAUUUAUAUGUUGCGAUAACUGUCUAAAGCAAACACUUGCUCAGAAGCUGUUUAUCUGCAAACUUGCUAUUCCCUUCUUCUACCAUAUGGGAUCAGAAGACAACAUUGGAAUGUCACUAUGGGCACUUAGAACUAUAAAUGUUCAGUGGCACGACACGGAAAAUGGAUCUUUGGAGACACCAGUGACUGAAAAACCUUUCCCUGUGGUGUCAUUUGUAAGAUUAGACAGACCAACACUGUCUAAGUCCAAACUGAUUAACGACAUUCUUAGGGAUGACAGUCAUGAUACGUUCUUUCAUCAUGAUUGUAGCAAUGGUAAUGCUGACAGAAUGAUUUCUGAUGGUCUCGUGGAAUGUUCCUGGUUCGUAACAACGGGCAAAGAGAAAGAACACCUCCCAGGCACAACAAUGCUCCUAAAUUUGAGAGGUGAUGCCUCAUUAAUGAAGAAACAGUUGAAGAUUCUUCAGGAAAUAUCAUCUGUGUUGUUUGUUAUAGCUAAUGCUCAAGACCUGACAAAACCCUCAAACGUUGAGACAUGCCAACAGAUUUUGCUGAAUGGUGGAAAAGUCAUCCUCCUUUUGAUGAUGCAUAAAGAUAACAAACAGUUCCUCCAAGAAAUACGAGCAUGUCAUGAGGCAGUUGGGAGGGAUAUUCUGAAAGGGGUCCCUAUUAUUUCAUCCAACACCCUGAAAGGAGCCCAGAAAAAUGCAAGUGAGCUUAAGAGCGAAGCUAGAGGAAAGCUGACAGUGGCUCUUGCUGGGUCUCCUGGUAUAUUGAUGGAAGAAUGUGCUAAACGCGCAUCAAAAAUUGGGAUCAUCAUAGAUGAGUAUGAUGAUCAAGCCUGCACCAAAGGUAAGGAUCUUGCAAAAGAGGUUGCAAGUCAUAUGAAAGGUAACGACAUUGAUAAAUAUAAAGGCCUCUUACUUCCGUUGCAAGGUACGGAAUGGGUUGAUUACUGUAGGCUGCUAAAAAGGCAGCACAGAUCAAGUGGGAAGGGGUCGCAGUCAUAUCAACAGGAUAUGGACCGUCUUCGUAAAAAACAAGUGCAAAUAUGCAACGAACUUACUCCUUUCAUCAAAGAAUUUAUGUCAAAUCUCCAAAAGCAGGAAAAUGUGGUUAUGUAUUUCCUUAAGUGGAUGAACCUCUUCUUAGAUGAAAAAUCGAGAGGCAACCUGCCAGGUCUUCGCAAGCAGUACCACAUGGUAUGGACAGAGUAUCAGAAGUGCAAGAAGGAAGAAGACGAUGGAAAAUUGAGAAGCUUGAAAUCCCAAAUGGACGAGCAAGAAAACCGACUUUCCAGUGCAUCGCUUGGACUAGAAAAUCUUUUCAGAGAACUCGGGCAGAUUUACGAAGCGGUGACGGCGAGUGGAAAGGUAAACCAUGACACUAAAACAGCUGUCGAGUAUCUACCUGUAAGAGCUGCUGAACUGCUGUUAAAAGGAAUCCCCUUAGAGUUGGUGGAUGGAGACGCGUCAAGCGUCCCUAUUGUAUGGGUACGCGCAGUACUAAGUAAGCUUGGAGAUAUUCUUGGCGAAAAAAGGCUCUUUGUUCUCUCUGUCUUGGGUAUCCAGAGCUCAGGGAAAUCUACACUUCUCAACACUAUGUUUGGGUUGCAGUUUGCUGUCAGUGCAGGUAGAUGCACCAGGGGAGCAUACAUGCAACUCAUCCCAGUCGAUGGAGCCGCUAAUCUGCCUUUUGAUUACGUGGCCGUUGUAGAUACGGAGGGACUUCGGGCACCAGAGCUAGGACAGCUUAAGUACGAGCAUGAUAAUGAACUUGCUACCCUCGUAAUUGGUAUGGGAGACGUAACCAUGAUUAACGUCAAAGGAGAAAACACAGCCGAAAUAAAAGAUAUUCUUCAGAUUGCAGUGCAUGCAUUUCUCAGGAUGAAUCUUGUCAGGAAAAACAUUCGAGACAACCGAACCUGCAUCUUUGUUCAUCAGAAUGUCCCGGCAGCUAAUGCAGAAGAUAUGAUGAUGCACGGAUGCCAAAAACUACAGGAAAACUUGGAUGAGAUGGCAAAAGAAGCCGCCUUAAGUGAGAACAUUGCAGACAUUAAGAGUUUCUCCCAGAUUAUCAACUUUGAUGUCCAAAAACACGUCUGGUAUUUUUCUGAUCUGUGGCAUGGUAAUCCACCCAUGGCUCCUUCAAAUCCUGGCUACAGUGAAAAGGUAGAUUUAGUCCGAGUUAAUCUUUUGGGAGAGAUUGCAAAUGGACAGACAUUUCUGACUGCUCCGGAACUCUCAAUUCGCAUCGCUGAUCUAUGGAACGGGGUUCUUGCUGAUGACUUUGUAUUUAGCUUCCGCAACAGCCUUGAAGUGAAAGCCUACAACAGCUUGCAGUCCCAAUACUACACUUUAGAAUGGGAGUUAGAAAACGAAUUGAAAUCUUGGUCACACGCUGCAGAAAUCACACUGAGGAGAUGUGAAACUAUUGAAAGCCUAGAGGAAUCUUACCGAUCCCUCAAUUUCGAAAUCUUGAAAGUUCUGACUGAAAAGGCUGAGGAACUAAAAAAACGUCUUAAUGAUUACUUUGAGAACGGUGACUUGCAGGAUAUAAUUGUCCAGUGGCGAGAGUCUAAGCUGAAUCAAAUGAACUUUGCGGUUGACCAGCAUCUAAGUGAGGGUAAGGCAGAUCUACUUUCAGUCAAAGAGGCACGCCGAGUAGAAAUCUUGCAAGAUAAAAAGUGGUCAGAGCAUGAAUCAUAUAUCAUGAGCAAAGCAGUUGACCUUGCAGACAAACUGAAAGGAAAACAAGUAACUGAUACUGAACUGCAAAAACAGUUUGAUUCCAUGUGGGCGUCAAUAGUGCACGAGCUUGCCACAAAGACAGCUGACAAGGAACUGAGAAUGGAUCAUGUGAUGAAGGAAAUUCUUCAUAAGAGAUUCAAUACCCAUGAAUGUCUUCUUAACUCGGAGCUGCAGCGUCACCCUCUGGAUAUUCCAUUUGAGCAUACAUCGUUGGAAAAGAGUGUGACAAUAGAUUUUGUGGGCACAAAACACAUUAGUUUGGAAAUAAGCUACGUUAAGAAGUACUUCACUGGUGCCAGUGGCCCAGAGGGGGAUGCAAGAAAUAAGACAUUGGCACAGACAAGCCGCAUCCUAACAAUGAUAAGCACAUAUGUAAAAGGCCUUCCGAAACACGACGUAAAAUUCCAAAAAUACUAUGCGACGGAUGUCAUACAAAAGAUAGUGGAGGGAAUCGAUAUUCACGAUCAGAAAGCACAGGCGUGUACAGGCGGCAAGUUCAAGAUUCGUCCUGAAUAUAUUGUUAAACUUGCAGUUCAUGUGAGCCGUUACUGUGUCCAGGUGUUCAACUCGAUGCAAUCAGAGUAUAACAAAAGACAUGGUGUGAAGGCAAAGCUACAAAACUACAGGAACACCGCCUGGAGUCUUUUCAAGAAUAAGGUAAAACAGAGCACUGAAGAAGUCAUGGCAGGUGACCUACUAUGCACACAGCUGAAGGGAAUUGUUAAUGAUGCUGUAAAGAAGGCUGUUCCACGAAAAUGCACGGAUGAAGUUCUCAGGGACUUUCAGAUGACAAAGUACUACCUAAUGAUAAAAAUAAUGGACGACCUGGCUGAGAAAGGAAACUUCCAGAACUACAAAUCGUACAUCCGCAAUGCCAAAGACUUUGCUUUAAAAUGGAUCACCCAUUACACAAAUGAGAAGAUGUUUUCGAAACAAAGUGCAAAUGGAAUGUCCAGAUAUGAAGAAAUAACAAAGAUCCAUAUUAUCAAAAUCAUGGAAUGUAUCAUCAAUAGUGUUCAUCAUGCAACAGAUGAGGUCAGGGGAAAGAGUGGUGUAAGGAUGAUCCAUUGGAUCAGAACAUUCUGUCAAAGGGUCUCUGAUGAAAUAGCAGUACCUUACAGGACUCUGACUUUAGUGAGAGGUCGAUCAGUGGCGGAUUUCAACAAUCUUGAAAGGAUACUUUUAAAACAGCUGGGUAUUAUAAAGGCUGAUCUGGAGGGGGAAUUUUCCCUACAAACAGCAGACUCUGUUGAAUGGGAUGAGGCAUCUCCACCACAGCAAAUUCUAGACAAGUUAUGGGGCUGUCCUGAACAGUGUCCGUUCUGUAAAGAGCCAUGUGCAGAUACUACACCUGACCAUUAUGAAAGGAAUGAGCGAAGUCACAUGUGUGUACAGCACAGACCACAGGGAAUUGGAGGAUUGCGAUGGGAAAGGGACGGUAAAAUCGAUGGGGUGAGUUAUAAAGAGGGGCAGCUGGUGCAUGAAACAUGCAACUAUGACGUACAACGGAAUACCGUAGCAUUUAAAUGCUCUGUUGGUAACUACAAAUGUAGGAAAUCUGGAAAAUGUUCAACAACUGGCGACGAAUCCGUGGGUCACAAUUUUAAAGAAUACAAGACUUACAUACCCGACUGGGACAUAGCUCCUAAACCCACCAACGAUGUGUCCAAAUACUGGGCGUGGUUUAUGGCAAAAUACCAGCACCAACUAAAGGAUAUGCAUAGCGCAGAAUUACCUGAUAUACCGGAAGGUUGGACGAAAAUAACAAAGGCGGAGGCCUUGGCUGACCUGCGCGAAGUCCACCAUUAG